AUGACGGGCGGAAGGUUCGACUUCGACGAUGGAGGAACAUACUGCGGAGGGUGGGAGGACGGCAAAGCCCACGGACAUGGCAUCUGUACCGGGCCAAAGGGCCAGGGCGAGUACGCCGGCUCCUGGUCGCACGGCUUUGAGAUAGUGGGGGUGUACACCUGGCCCAGCGGGAAUACGUACCACGGCUACUGGUCCCAGGGGAAGCGGCAUGGGCUGGGGGUCGAAACCAAAGGGAAGUGGACUUACCGCGGCGAGUGGAGCCACGGCUUCAAGGGUCGCUAUGGACUGCGACAGAGUCACAAUACACCUGCCCGCUACGAUGGGACGUGGAGUAAUGGCCUACAGGACGGGUAUGGGAUUGAGACUUAUGGCGACGGUGGUAAGAUAUACUAUUAUACUGUUAUACAGGAUUGGCGUGUUGUUUUUGGAAUCGUGCGUGUGUCUCUUUAAACCGUGAACCAGUGGGAUCUGUCGUGAUGGGUUGUGGUUUGGCGUGCGAAAAGGUUCACGAAGGGACAUCAUGGACCGAUAAUGGAGAUGUGACUGUCUAUAGCGUUGGUUUAUUAUAGGGUUGUAAUAGCUUUAUUACGGGGUUGUAACUUUUCACAUUUAGACAGAUUUGGUGAUUUUGACUUAAGCUCCAUUACGCACAAGGGAACAUGCUCGCGACGGUGCGCCAUAACAUAUUUUAUUUUAAUAAUAAGUAGAUUCCACGCGAUCAUUUUGAUUAAGCGUCAGUUCAUUAGUCAGGACGCUGCAUGGGUUCUCUCUCUGUGCUAGCUGCAUGGGUUCUCUCUCGGUGCUAGAUGCAUGGGUUCUCUCUCUGUGCUAGCUGCAUGGGUUCUGUCUCUGUGCUAGCUGCAUGGGUUCUCUCUCUGUGCUAGCUGCAUGGGUUCUCUCUCUGUGCUAGCUGCAUGGGUUCUCUCUCUGUGCUAGCUGCAUGGGUUCUCUCUCUGUGCUAGCUGCAUGGGUUCUCUCUCUGUGCUAGCUGCAUGGGUUCUCUCUCUGUGCUAGCUGCAUGGGUUCUCUCUCUGUGCUAGCUGCAUGGGUUCUCUCUCUGUGCUAGCUGCAUGGGUUCUCUCUCUGUGCUAGCUGCAUGGGUUCUCUCUCUGUGCUAGCUGCAUGGGUUCUCUCUCUGUGCUAGCUGCAUGGGUUCUCUCUCUGUGCUAGCUGCAUAUGGGUUCUCUCUCUGUGCUAGCUGCAUGGGUUCUCUCUCUGUGAUAGACUAUAGCUGAUUGUGUUAUUCCGUGACCAGCAAAUAGCGUUUUCAGCCAUUGAUUUAUACUACACGUGACAGUAACAGUAGCAGUGUAUUCGGGGUGAUGGAGAGCAGAGAGAUAGAGAAAGUUUGUGUGUGUGUGUGUGUGUGUGUGUGUGUGUGUGUGUGUGUGUGUGGAAUGGGCAAAAUCAGGGCAAAGUGCGUGCAGAGCAAACUCUAGCUAGCAGAGAGACUGCCAUCUAGCUUAUUAUAGCUGGACUAUCACCUAGCCUAUAGGCCUAUCCGUGGUAUGAUAAGACUUAAAAUAGGUUAUUCAUAUUGAAGCCUGUUCCUUUCUGUCAGUAAACAGCCUGUAUGGAGAUCCCAUACGAUGUGUACUGUAUGCAUGGUCCCCUAUAUAAACCCUUCAUUCUCCUAAUUUACACAAUCAGAGCUGUUGACACCCUGACUGGGUGCUGAAAGUGAGACCAGAGCAGGUUGACAGACACAUCAGUUGAUCUCUGAUCUGACCUGCGUAGUCAAAGGAGAAUUCCCAGACCACAAGGGACCUUGGUUACUGUCGAUAACUGGUAUUCUCUAUGACACGUCAUUCACUAUAUCACAUUAGUCCUGUUGAUACCAUCUGAUAUUAUCAAAACAAACCUCAUCCCCAAGUACUGUAAUACAUUAGUGACAUCACUAAGCAGCAUUUCCUACUACAUAGGCUACUCCUGAUCAGAAGAGCUGGACAUAUAGUGUAACCUUCUAACCCCACAGUGCAUUCAGAAAGUAUUCAGACCCCUUAACUUUUUGCACAUUUUGUUAAGUUACAGCCUUAUUCUAAAAUGUAUUUUUUUUUAAAUGUCCAAAUCAAUCUACACACAAUACCCCAUAAUGACAAAGUGAAAACAGGUUUUUAGAAAUUUUUGCUACUUUAUAAAGAAAUUUAAAAAAUGGUUUAUUUACAUAAGUAUUCAAACCCUUUGCUAUGAGACUCGAAAUUGAGCUCAGAUGCAUCCUGUUUCCAUCGAUCAUCCUUGAGAUGUUUCUACAACUUGAUUGGAGUCCACCUGUGGUAAAUUCAAUUGAUUGGACAUGAUUUGGAAAGGCACACACCUGUCUAUAUAAGGUCCCACAGUUGACAAUGCAUGUCAGAGCAAAAACCAAGCCAUGAGGUCGAAGGAAUUGUCAGUAGAGCACCGAGACAGGAUUGUGUCGAGGCACAGAUCUGGGGAAGGGUACCAAAAACAUUCUGCAGCAUUAAAGGUCCCCAAGAACACAGUGGCCUCCAUCAUUCUUAAAUGGAAGAAGUUUGGAACCACCAAGACUCUUCCUAGAGCUGGCCGCCCGGCCAAACUGAGCUCCAGAGUUCCUCUGUGGAGACGGGAGAACCUUCCAGAAGGACAACCAUCUCUGCAGCACUCCACUAAUCAGGCCUUUAUGGUAGAGUGGCCAGACGGAAGCCACUCCUCAGUAAAAGCCUGCUUGGAGUUUGCCAAAAGGCACCUAAAGGACUCUCAGACCAUAAGAAACAAGACUCUCUGGUCUGAUGAAACCAAGAUUGAACUCUUUGGCCUGAAUGCCAAGCGUCUUGUCUGGAGGAAACCUGGCACCAUCCCUACGGUGAAGCAUGGUGGUGGCAGCAUCAUGCUGUGGGAAUGUUUUUCAGAGGCAGGGACUGGGAGACUAGUUAAGAUCGAGAGAAAGAUUAACGUAGCAAAGUACAGAGAGAUCCUUGAUGAAAACCUGCUCCAGAGUGCUCAGGAACACAGACUCGUGCGAAGGUUCACCUUCCAACAGGACAAUGACCCUAAGCACACAGCUAAGACAAUGCAGGAGUGGCUUCAGGACAGUUCUCUGAACGUUCUUGAGUGGCACGGACGUGAGACCGAUUGAACAUCUCUGGAGAGACCUGAAAAUAGCUGUGCAGCGACGCUUCCCAUCCAACCUGACAGAGCUUGAGACAUUUUUUUUACAAUCCAUUUUAAAAUAAGGAUGUAACAUAACAAAAUGUGAAAAAAGUCAAGGGGUCUGAAUACUUUCCGAAUGCACUAUAGCUACCACCCUGAUCCUAAGGGUCAGUUGAAGACCUAGCGGUAGCUAUCACCCUGAUCUGAAGGGUCAGUUGAAGACCUAGCGGUAGCUAUCACCCUGAUCUGAAGGGUCAGUUCAGUUGAAGACCUAGCGGUAGCUAUCACCCUGAUCUGAAGGGUCAGUUCAGUUGAAGUCCUAGCAAUAGCUAUCACCCUGAUCUGAAGGGUCAGUUCAGUUGAAGACCUAGCGGUAGCUAUCACCCUGAUCUGAAGGGUCAGUUGAAGACCUAGCGGUAGCUAUCACCCUGGUCUGAAGGGUCAGUUGAAGACCUAGCGAUAGCUAUCACCCUGAUCUGAAGGGUCAGUUGAAGACCGAGCGAUAGCUAUCACCCUGAUCUGAAGGGUCAGUUCAGUUGAAGACCUAGCGAUAGCUACCACCCUGAUCUGAAUGGUCAGUUCAGUUGAAAACCUAGCGGUAGCUAUCACCCUGAUCUGAAUGGUCAGUUCAGUUGAAGACCUAGCGAUAGCUUUCACCCUGAUCUGAAUGGUCAGUUCAGUUGAAGACCUAGCGGUAGCUAUCACCCUGAUCUGAACGGUUAGUUGAAGACCUGCCGGUAGCUAUCACCCUGAUCUGAAGGGUCAGUUCAGUUGAAGACCUAGCGGUAGCUAUCACCCUGGUAUUGUGGGUCAGUUGAAGACCUAGCAGUAGCUAUCACCCUGAUCUGAAGGGUCAGUUGAAGUCCUAGCAAUAGCUAUCACCCUGAUCUGAAGGGUCAGUUGAAGACCUAGCGGUAGCUAUCACCCUGAUCUGAAGGGUCAGUUGAAGACCGAGCGAUAGCUAUCACCCUGAUCUGAAGGGUCAGUUGAAGACCUAGCGGUAGCUAUCACCCUGAUCUGAAGUGUCAGUUGAAGACUGAGCGAUAGCUAUCACCCUGGUCUGAAGGGUCAGUUGAAGACCUAGCGGUAGCUAUCACCCUGAUCUUAAGUUUCAGUUCAGUUGAAGACCUAGCGGUAGCUAUCACCCUGAUCUGAAGGGUCAGUUGAAGACCUAGCGGUAGCUAUCACCCUGAUCUGAAGGGUCAGUUGAAGACCUAGCGGCAGCUAUCACCCUGAUCUGAAGGGUCAGUUCAGUUGAAGACCUAGCGAUAGCUAUCACCCUGAUCUGAAGGGUCAGUUGAAGACCUAGCGGUAGCUAUCACCCUGAUCUGAAGGGUCAGUUCAGUUGAAGACCUAGCGAUAGCUAUCACCCUGAUCUGAAGGGUCAGUUGAAGACCUAGCGGUAGCUAUCACCCUGAUCUGAAGGGUCAGUUGAAGACCUAGCGAUAGCUAUCACCCUGAUCUGAAGGGUCAGUUCAGUUGAAGACCUAGCGAUAGCUAUCACCCUGAUCUGAAGGGUCAGUUCAGUUGAAGACCUAGCGGUAGCUAUCACCCUGAUCUGAAGGGUCAGUUCAGUUGAAGACCUAGCGGUAGCUAUCACCCUGAUCUGAAGGGUCAGUUCAGUUGAAGACCUAGCGGUAGCUAUCACCCUGAUCUGAAGGGUCAGUUGAAGACCUAGCGGCAGCUAUCACCCUGAUCUGAAGGGUCAGUUCAGUUGAAGACAUACCGGUAGCUAUCACCCUGAUCUGAAGGGUCAGUUGAAGACCUAGUGGUAGCUAUCACCCUUAUCUGAAGGGUCAGUUGAAGACCUAGCGGUAGCUAUCACCCUGAUCUGAAGUGUCAGUUGAAGACCUAGCGGUAGCUAUCACCCUGAUCUGAAGGGUCAGUUGAAGACCUAGCGAUAGCUAUCACCCUGAUCUGAAGGGUCAGUUCAGUUGAAGACCUAGCGGUAGCUAUCACCCUGAUCUGAAGGGUCAGUUGAAGACAUACCGGUAGCUAUCACCCUGAUCUGAAGGAUCAGUUGAAGACCUAGCGGUAGCUAUCACCCUGCUCUGAAGGGUCAGUUGAAGACCUAGCGAUAGCUAUCACCCUGAUCUGAAGGGUCAGUUGAAGACCUAGCGAUAGCUAUCACCCUGAUCUGAAGGGUCAGUUGAAGACCUAGCGGUAGCUAUCACCCUGAUCUGAAGUGUCAGUUGAAGACUGAGCGAUAGCUAUCACCCUGAUCUGAAGGGUCAGUUCAGUUGAAGACCUAGCGGUAGCUAUCACCCUGAUCUGAAGGGUCAGUUCAGUUGAAGACCUAGCGGUAGCUAUCACCCUGAUCUGAAGGGUCAGUUGAAGACCUAGCGAUAGCUAUCACCCUGAUCUGAAGGGUCAGUUCAGUUGAAGACCUAGCGGUAGCUAUCACCCUGAUCUGAAGGGUCAGUUGAAGACCUAGCGGUAGCUAUCACCCUGAUCUGAAGGGUCAGUUCAGUUGAAGACCUAGCGGUAGCUAUCACCCUGGUAUUGUGGGUCAGUUGAAGACCUAGCAGUAGCUAUCACCCUGAUCUGAAGGGUCAGUUGAAGUCCUAGCAAUAGCUAUCACCCUGAUCUGAAGGGUCAGUUCAGUUGAAGACCUAGCGGUAGCUAUCACCCUGAUCUGAAGGGUCAGUUGAAGACCUAGCGGUAGCUAUCACCCUGAUCUGAAGGGUCAGUUGAAGACCUAGCGGUAGCUAUCACCCUGAUCUGAAGGGUCAGUUCAGUUGAAGACCUAGCGGUAGCUAUCACCCUGAUCUGAAGGGUCAGUUGAAGACCUAGCGAUAGCUAUCACCCUGAUCUGAAGGGUCAGUUGAAGACCUAGCGAUAGCUAUCACCCUGAUCUGAAGGGUCAGUUGAAGACCUAGCGAUAGCUAUCACCCUGCUCUGAAGGGUCAGUUGAAGACCUAGCGAUAGCUAUCACCCUGAUCUGAAGGGUCAGUUGAAGACCUAGCGGUAGCUAUCACCCUGAUCUGAAGGGUCAGUUCAGUUGAAGACCUAGCGGUAGCUAUCACCCUGAUCUGAAGGGUCAGUUCAGUUGAAGACCUAGCGAUAGCUAUCACCCUGAUCUGAAGGGUCAGUUGAAGACCUAGCGAUAGCUAUCACCCUGAUCUGAAGGGUCAGUUGAAGACCUAGCGGCAGCUAUCACCCUGAUCUGAAGGGUCAGUUCAGUUGAAGACCUAGCGAUAGCUAUCACCCUGAUCUGAAGGGUCAGUUCAGUUGAAGACAUACCGGUAGCUAUCACCCUUAUCUGAAGGAUCAGUUGAAGACCUAGCGGUAGCUAUCACCCUGCUCUGAAGGGUCAGUUGAAGACCUAGCGAUAGCUAUCACCCUGAUCUGAAGGGUCAGUUGAAGACCUAGCGGUAGCUAUCACCCUGCUCUGAAGGGUCAGUUGAAGACCUAGCGAUAGCUACCACCCUGAUCUGAAGGGUCAGUUGAAGACCUAGCGAUAGCUAUCACCCUGAUCUGAAGGGUCAGUUGAAGACCUAGCGGUAGCUAUCACCCUGAUCUGAAGGGUCAGUUGAAGACCUAGCGAUAGCUAUCACCCUGAUCUGAAGGGUCAGUUGAAGACCUAGCGAUAGCUAUCACCCUGAUCUGAAGGGUCAGUUGAAGACCUAGCGGUAGCUAUCACCCUGCUCUGAAGGGUCAGUUGAAGACCUAGCGAUAGCUACCACCCUGAUCUGAAGUGUCAGUUGAAGACCGAGCGAUAGCUAUCACCCUGAUCUGAAGGGUCAGUUCAGUUGAAGACCUAGCGGUAGCUAUCACCCUGAUCUGAAGGGUCAGUUGAAGACAUACCGGUAGCUAUCACCCUGAUCUGAAGGAUCAGUUGAAGACCUAGCGGUAGCUAUCACCCUGCUCUGAAGGGUCAGUUGAAGACCUAGCGAUAGCUAUCACCCUGAUCUGAAGGGUCAGUUGAAGACCUAGCGGUAGCUAUCACCCUGAUCUGAAGUGUCAGUUGAAGACCGAGCGAUAGCUAUCACCCUGAUCUGAAGGGUCAGUUCAGUUGAAGACCUAGCGGUAGCUAUCACCCUGAUCUGAAUGGUCAGUUGAAGACCUAGCGGUAGCUAUCACCCUGAUCUGAAGGGUCAGUUGAAGACCUAGCGGUAGCUAUCACCCUGAUCUGAAGGGUCAGUUCAGUUGAAGACCUAGCGGUAGCUAUCACCCUGAUCUGAAGGGUCAGUUGAAGACCUAGAGGUAGCUAUCACCCUGAUCUGAAGGGUCAGUUGAAGACCUAGCGGUAGCUAUCACCCUGAUCUGAAGGGUCAGUUGAAGACCUAGCGAUAGCUAUCACCCUGAUCUGAAGGGUCAGUUGAAGACCUAGCGAUAGCUAUCACCCUGAUCUGAAGGGUCAGUUGAAGACCUAGCGAUAGCUAUCACCCUGAUCUGAAGGGUCAGUUGAAGACCUAGCGGUAGCUAUCACCCUGAUCUGAAGUGUCAGUUGAAGACUGAGCGAUAGCUAUCACCCUGAUCUGAAGGGUCAGUUCAGUUGAAGACCUAGCGGUAGCUAUCACCCUGAUCUGAAGGGUCAGUUGAAGACAUACCGGUAGCUAUCACCCUGAUCUGAAGGAUCAGUUGAAGACCUAGCGGUAGCUAUCACCCUGCUCUGAAGGGUCAGUUGAAGACCUAGCGAUAGCUAUCACCCUGAUCUGAAGGGUCAGUUGAAGACCUAGCGGUAGCUAUCACCCUGAUCUGAAGUGUCAGUUGAAGACCGAGCGAUAGCUAUCACCCUGAUCUGAAGGGUCAGUUCAGUUGAAGACCUAGCGGUAGCUAUCACCCUGAUCUGAAGGGUCAGUUGAAGACCUAGCGGUAGCUAUCACCCUGAUCUGAAGGGUCAGUUCAGUUGAAGACCUAGCGGUAGCUAUCACCCUGAUCUGAAGGGUCAGUUGAAGACCUAGCGAUAGCUAUCACCCUGAUCUGAAGGGUCAGUUGAAGACCUAGCGAUAGCUAUCACCCUGAUCUGAAGGGUCAGUUCAGUUGAAGACCUAGCGGUAGCUAUCACCCUGAUCUGAAGGGUCAGUUGAAGACCUAGUGGUAGCUAUCACCCUGGUCUGAAUGGUCAGUUGAAGACCUAGCGAUAGCUAUCACCCUGGUCUGAAGGGUCAGUUGAAGACCUAGCGAUAGCUAUCACCCUGAUCUGAAGGGUCAGUUGAAGACCUAGCGAUAGCUAUCACCCUGCUCUGAAGGGUCAGUUGAAGACCUAGCGAUAGCUAUCACCCUGAUCUGAAGGGUCAGUUGAAGACCUAGCGAUAGCUAUCACCCUGAUCUGAAGGGUCAGUUGAAGACCUAGUGGUAGCUAUCACCCUGAUCUGAAGGGUCAGUUGAAGACCUAGUGGUAGCUAUCACCCUGGUCUGAAUGGUCAGUUGAAGACCUAGCGAUAGCUAUCACCCUGGUCUGAAGGGUCAGUUGAAGACCUAGCGAUAGCUAUCACCCUGAUCUGAAGGGUCAGUUGAAGACCUAGCGAUAGCUAUCACCCUGCUCUGAAGGGUCAGUUGAAGACCUAGCGAUAGCUAUCACCCUGAUCUGAAGGGUCAGUUGAAGACCUAGCGAUAGCUAUCACCCUGGUCUGAAGGGUCAGUUGAAGACCUAGCGAUAGCUAUCACCCUGCUCUGAAGGGUCAGUUGAAGACCUAGCGAUAGCUAUCACCCUGAUCUGAAGGGUCAGUUGAAGACCUAGCGAUAGCCACUAGCCACUAGCAUUGUAUUACUGCAUUAUCUUCAUUAAUAAUAACUCCAACCUAAAGGCCUCAAUGCCUUUUUUGUGCCAGUUGUAUUUCUGUGGGAAAUAUACCAUAUAGUAAUACAUACACUACGUCCAAAAUGGCACCCUAUUCCCUUUAUAGUGCACUACUUUUAGGGCUCUGGUCAAAAUUAGUGCACUAAAUAGGGAUUAGUGUGUGAUUUGGACUCAUCCAUAGAGUAUUUAGGUCAUAAUGGAUAAUAAUGAACCCAUAAACCUACAUCAUCAUCAUUUACAUUUACAUUUUAGUCAUUUAGCAGACGCUCUUAUCCAGAGCGACUUACAGGAGCGAUUAGGGUUAAGUGCCUUGCUCAAGGGCACAUUUACGUCAUUUAGCAGACGCUCUUAUCCAGAGCGACUCACCAAUUGGUGCGUUCACCCUAAAGCCAGUGGGAUAACCACUUUACAAUUUGGGGGGGGGGGGGGGGGGGGGUAGAAGGAGACCUAGCGGUAGCAAUCAUCAGAUUGAAUGACAAUAAUGCACACUCUAGAAUGCCUUUCAAGCCAAUCAGAAAUGAGUAUUCAACAAUUCCACAGUAUAAGUGUUUACAAUAGAUAUACUACACGUUUACAAUAUAGAACGGUAGCAGCCUCAGCAGUUAAUGAGAUUCAUGCCAGAAUAGCUGUCCAGUGGGGCUUGUAGCUGAGUUCCAUGCUUCUCAGUUUACAGUCAUGAUGAAUAGCUACGUCAUACACUGAGUGUACAAAACAUUAAGAACACCAGGUCUUUCCAUAACAUAGACUGACCAGGUCAAUCCAGUUAUGAUUCCUUAUUGAUGUCACCUGUUAAAUCCACUUCAGUCAGUGUAGAUGAAGGGGAGGGGAGACAGGUUAAAGAAGGAUUUUUUAAGCCUUGAGACAAUUGAGACAUGGAUUGUGUAUGUGUGACAUUCAGAGGGUGAAUGGGCAAGACAAAACAUUUGAACGGUGCCUUUGAACGGUGUAUGGCAGUAGGCGCCAGGCGCACUGGUUGGUGACAAAAAAUGCAACGCUGCUGGGUUUUUCAAGCUCAACAGUUUCCCGUUUGUAUCAAGAAUGGUCCACCACCCAAAGGACAUCUAGCCAACUUGACACAACUGUGGGAAGCAUUGGAGUCAACAUUGGCCAGCAUCCCUGUGUAAACGCUUUCGUCCAUGCCCCGACGAAUUGAGGCUGUUCUGAGGGCAAAAGGGGGUGGAACUCAAUAUUGGUGUUCUUAAUGUUUUGUUGACUCUGUGUACAAUCUGCUGAUGAUGUAGGUUUACGGGUAUCUAUCCAUCCAUAAUGACCUAAAUACUCAAUGGACUAGUCCAAAUGACACCAUCAUCUGUUAAAAAUAGAGCACUAUGUAGGGAAUGGUGUGCCAUUUGGGGAUGCAGAUUAUGUUGCUGCAGAUUCCCAUUGUUCUGUCUGAAUUAUAUUACUCUAGGCUACCAGGUGGGUUUCCUUUCCAUCUAAUCAAUGUCUCUGUAAGUCAUGAGCUUGAUGUUGUUGUAGGACAGUAGUAUCCUAAUUGAGAGCGUUGGGCCAGUUUCUCUCUGUGCCUUUUAAUGUGGCUUUUAGUCAUUACUUUUAAGAUCAAUCAACCAACCAAUCAAUCAAUCAACCAAUCAAUCAAUCAGUCAAUCUAUUCACCCCCAUCUGUAUUGUCCUGUCUCUCCUCCAGGUACAUACCAGGGCCAGUGGAUGGGCGGGAUGCGGCACGGUUACGGCGUGCGCCAGAGUGUUCCCUACGGCAUGGCAACGGUGAUCCGCUCUCCGCUCCGUACUUCUCUGGCAUCCCUACGCUCCGAGCAGAGCAACGGCACCGUGCUCCAGGACCUCUCGGGUGACACGCCCACCGGCGGCCGCGGCGGGUUCGUCCUCAACUUCCACUCGGACAGCGAGGUGGUCACCGGGAAGAAGAAGGGUCUGUUCCGCCGCGGCUCGCUGUUCGGGAGCCUCCGCCGGCUCCACAAGUCCGAAUCGAAGUCGUCCAUCUCCAGCAAGAGGAGCGCCGCUAUGAGCCGCAUCAGCUCCUCCGACGCAGACGCCAACUCCACCGUCUCCCUGGGCGACGGAGAGCUGCCGGAAGAGGACCUGCUAUUGGAGGAUCACGUGGACGCCACCACCACCGAGACGUACAUGGGGGAGUGGAAGAACGACAAGCGCAACGGGUUCGGCGUCAGCGAACGUUCCAACGGGAUGAAGUACGAGGGGGAGUGGCUGAACAACAAGCGCCACGGUUACGGGUGCACCACCUUCCCCGAGGGCAACAAGGAAGAAGGGAAGUACAAGAAUAACGUGCUGGUGCGUGGAAUAAGGAAGCAGUUGAUCCCGCUAAAGAACCCCAAAACCAAAGAGAAGGUGGACCGGGCCGUGGAGGGGGCGCAGAGGGCAGGCGCCAUCUCCAGGACGAAAGUGGAAAUAGCAGCUUCCAGGUAGGUCGGUGAGGUGUUUGUGUGUGUGUAUGUGUGUGUACCAUGGUAUUACUGUAUAACAGCUAGCGUGGUAUUACUGUAUAACAGCUAGCGUGGUAUUACUGUAUAACAGCUAGUGUGGUAUUACUGUAUAACAGCUAGCGUGGUAUUACUGUAUAACAGCUAGCGUGGUAUUACUGUAUAACAGCUAGUGUGGUAUUACUGUAUAACAGCUAGUGUGGUAUUACUGUAUAACAGCUAGCGUGGUAUUACUGUAUAACAGCUAGCGUGGUAUUACUGUAUAACAGCUAGCGUGGUAUUACUGUAUAACAGCUAGCGUGGUAUUACUGUAUAACAGCUAGCGUGGUAUUACUGUAUAACAGCUAGUGUGGUAUUACUGUAUAACAGCUAGCGUGGUAUUACUGUAUAACAGCUAGCGUGGUAUUACUGUAUAACAGCUAGCGUGGUAUUACUGUAUAACAGCUAGCGUGGUAUUACUGUAUAACAGCUAGCGUGGUAUUACUGUAUAACAGCUAGUGUGGUAUUACUGUAUAACAGCUAGCGUGGUAUUACUGUAUAACAGCUAGCGUGGUAUUAACUGUAUAACAGCUAGCGUGGUAUUACUGUAUAACAGCUAGUGUGGUAUUACUGUAUAACAGCUAGCGUGGUAUUACUGUAUAACAGCUAGCGUGGUAUUACUGUAUAACAGCUAGUGUGGUAUUACUGUAUAACAGCUAGUGUGGUAUUACUGUAUAACAGCUAGCGUGGUAUUACUGUAUAACAGCUAGCGUGGUAUUACUGUAUAACUACUGGCUAUUUCUGUGGAGCAUUAAACUAUAGAUCUCCAGUUGAAUGCUCCUGCUCAGAUUGA